AUGAUUGUGUGAACAGUGGCAAAGCUAGCCAUAACAACGGUGAGGUCAUGCCAUGCACAUUUUUAAUGAUAAUAACUGUCUUCUAGGGUACUGUACGUCAGCUGUUACACGAGAAGAUUCGCGAUGCAUACAUUCAUCCUCAGUUUAUCACGGACGUCAUGAAACCACUUCAAAUAGAAAGUGUCUUUGAUCAAGAAGUACAAAAUUUAUCUGGUGGUGAAUUACAACGUGUUGCCCUAACUCUCUGUCUUGGCAAGGUCAGAUUUUUAAUAAUUAUUUUAAAUCAUUCACGAUACUGUAGAAUUUACUGUAUAUUGUGAGAUUCCCCUCCUAAAAAAAAUUUUAUUUCAUAUUACUGUCUUUUUCUUAUUGAAAAAUGAUUCGUGAAGUAAUGAGUAGUAUGAGUGUACGUCAGCUGGAACGCGUUUGUGAACGCUAAUUUCCGAUGGUGUGUAAAGUAUCACAAAAUACCGUUAUAGGUGUUUCGUGAUACAUGGGGGUGGCGUUACGUUACUUUCGGAAUCAUGCGGUAGUUUAAUAUCAUGAUUAACAUUUCUAUAGCGCAAAUUGCAUCUGGAUAUGAUCAAAUGCGCCUUACAUCAAGUAUUACGCUUACCUAAUUACUUACUUAACCUAGACUAUUUUAUCUUUCCAACAAUUACUGUGAUAUUAGUUUCUUAACUGUGUUUAUCCUAACCCACCAUGUCAACUUUUCCUGUGGGAGGAAACCGGAGCACCCGGAGAAAACCCACGAAAUUGAGUCCGUAGCAAGAAUCGAACUCGCGAAAGGCUCUUACUUUCCCACAUAUUUUAUUGUAAUAUCCGAAAUAUCGUAUAUUUAGUCAACAUCUAUUUUUAAAGUGGUACUGUAUAGAAUAGAAUAGAAUAGAAUAGAAUAGAAUAGAAUUUGCAUUGGGAAAAAAAUGACAAGAUUAUUACAAUAAAGUUUUACAUGAAAGAGAACGGUGCUGGGGAAUUCGCGGUAAUAAAAAAGAUGGCGCCACGCAUUGUAUUCUGGGUAGAUCGACAAAUAAAAGUAUAAACAAAGGUUACGUAGUUAAUAUUUAAAGGCCAAAAAAUGUAAUGGCGAAGUCAUAAAAACAUGCCCUUUAAAUGUGCUGUGUUUUGCUGCCCACACAAAAGCUGGGUUCACAAGAAGCUAAAAUUUUUCAGCUUCCCCACAGACCCAAAACUAAAACGAAAAUGGGUUCACGCUUUGAAAACGAGAACGAUGGAUUACCAGUGGCAAAAAAGCGACCGUGUGUGCAGUGCACAUUUUCCUCGAGGGCACUAUUAUGGAAAUAACAAUAUCCCAGCCAUUUUUCCUCGGAAAGAUAAAAAAAACUGACCAGGCAGUCUGGCCUGUAGAUAUCUCGUACUUGUUAAAUCCUGAAACUGCUACGAGUACGGGAUCGUUGGACAAACGAGCGGAAAGUGUUGACUUGUGUACGACGCCGACAGCUGGCGAGCAAGAACAUACACAGGAGAAAACUUGCAGCGAAAACCAAACGAAGGAGACACCUCAUGGGGAAACAUUACCAUCAGAGAAUACAUGCGAGUGUGGGAAAGAAAUAGGUGAGCUGAAAAAACGGAUUAAGGAACUAGAGAAGCGUCGAGAGAUAGAAACAUUUGGUGUGCGAAGGUUUAUGGCAAGUGAUUCGGAUAUCAGAUUCUACACGGGACUUCCUGAUUACGCAACGUUUGUUUCUUUGCACAAUUUUGUUAAACCUAAACCAGUAUUUAAUCUAAACUACUACAACGGGUAUACCAAUGCCGCUAAAGACCCACCUUAUGUUGUUUCUCGAGGAAGGCCAAGAAAUUUGUGUGAAAUUGAUAAACUAUUUCUCACUUUGACAAGAUUACGUCUCGGUUUGCUGGAGAAAGAUCUUGCUGACAGACAUAACAUUACUCAGCCAGAAGUAUCACAAAUAUUUGCCACCUGGAUUGACCGUUUGUGUCACUGUCAUGGAAUGCUGAGCUUUUUAACAGACCGCGAGACUCUGAAAAAGCAUUUACCAAAGUGCUUCAAGCCACAUUAUGAGGAUGUCUAUCUUAUAAUCGACUGUACAGAAAUUUUCAUUGAGAAGUCCUCACAAAUCAUACAACAAAGUUGUACCUGGUCUGAAUACAAAGGACACAACACAGGGAAGGGACUGAUUGCACUCUCACCACUUCUGCUACCAGUGUUUGUCUCAGAAAUUUAUCCAGGCAGUAAAUCAGAUGAGGACAAUGUAAAAGCUAGUGGAAUCCUUUCCCUUGCUCAAGUGGGAGAUAGGUGGCUUGCUGACAAAGGAUUUAUGGUGCAGCAUAUUCUAGAUGCCUAUGGUGUGAUCGUAGAUACACCAGAGAAACUGUCAAACAAGAAGCAGUUUACCGAAGAACAAGACAUACAUAAUCGAAAGAAUUCUCAAGUUCGGGUACAUGUCGAAAGAGCGAUACGAAGAGUCAAGGUGUUCAGGAUUUUUAAAGAAAACAUACCAAUUCGAUAUGUGCACCAGAUUUCGAAGAUGUGGAAAGUAUGUUGCUGGUUAACUGCCUUUUUACCUCCUCUUGUUAAUGAUAGGUGUGAACUACUUGAUGAAGUUAGGGGGGACUCCCAUGACGUACCAACAUGGUAGACACUAAGUGGGAACAUUUUGAAAAUUUGGAUUUUGAAAUAUUUUGCCACGAUUUUUUUAAAAUUCAAUUAUUCUGGAGGGUGCGAAAACUAUUCCAGCACACCUUAUAAAAUAUGGGAGGUGCCAUCCCCCUGCUUCUUAUGCCCCUGAUGAGUACAUUCCAUGAGUAACCAAACCCUUGACUUCUGUGCAGUAAUUUACCUUGUCAGCAAACACCCCCCCCCCCUGUGUGGUAGAUUGUUCAGUGCAGGGACGUCGCUAUAGGGGUGUGUGUGGGAGGGGGGUGUAACACCCCCAAUAUUUCAAACGGUCAAAGCUGGUCAAAAUGGAAGUGAUAUUUGCCCAAAGUUGGUCAAAAUGGAACUGAUAGGUAAAGGUAAAACUGGGAAAAAUUUGGUCAAAGUUUGGGAUAAAAGAUGGUCGAAUUUGCCGAAAGUUAUGAAAUGCUUCGUAAUUUUAACAAUUUUAAAACUUUUGUUAUGUGUGCGGUGAAAAAAUUGGAAGCGUUGCUUAUAUUGGUCAAAAAAAUUUCGAAUUUGCUUGUUAGUCCGGAAAAUUUUUUUUGACUAUGUUUAUGUUAGUCCGAAAAAAUUUUUUGACGACCUCCGCCGCCCCCCGUCGACAAGAUUUUCAGGAAACAUUUUUACAACUUGGUCAAAAUCCUAGGAAAUGUUGGUCAAAACAUGACGACACGCCCCCCCCCCCAAUGUUGAUGCCUCCGCGACGUCCCUGGUUCAGUGGGAAUUCAAAAAUCUCAUUUCAAAUGCUUUAAAAUUUUGUAAUGUAUACAGUGUUAUGUAUAAAUUCUGUAAUGUAUACAGUGUUUGUAUAUUUCACAUUCCAGCUUCCCAAAGUGGGAUAUUUUUGUGAGGAGCGGGGGGUGGUGGUUGCUCAUGCAUUCAAUUCAUGUAUAAUAAUCAAUCAAUGCCUGGAGAUCUAUGAUUGUUGUGUAUACAUGUAUUGAUCAUUGUAUAUAAAUAAUUAUAAUUUAAUAUACAAAUAAUUUGAUAUUGUAUUUAAAUUAAUAAUUGUAUUAAUUGUAAUAUUACAAACAAUCACUUUAAUAUUUUAAAAAACAUCAUUUUGAUAACAAAUAAUUCAAAAGGGCUGUAAAUAAUACAUAUUUAAUAAUAUUUGUUAUAUAAAUUAUAAAUUAUUCAAACAAGCACAAAAUCAAUUUCUGGACAGGUUUUAGCUAAAGCAUUUGCUAACUGACUAAUGCCUUACAGAGAAUCAAACUCGGGUAAAUUAUGAUUGAAUGCAGUAGUACACAAGUUGAGGAAUAGGUUGAUAAAAUCAUCAUUUCUAGUAAUAAGAAAGUACUUCGAUUUGUUAGAUUCUGGAACAUAUGACUGAAGAAUGGCUAAACUCACAUCUGUACACUUCAUUUGUAGUUGAACCUGGCAAAUAUGUGCACCAGUGACUGCAAGUAAGCGCUCACUUUGUCCCUCUGCCCGAGUUUUAAUCUCAAGCAAACAUUGUCCAUUUAGUUUAACUUUCUUGUUAGUUUUUAGAUUAAUUAGUUCGGAACAGGUUUCGCCCUGAAAUAGUCUAUCGGGAGAUGCAGCAAACCGAUUAUCAGAUGAAAGCACAAACAUUCCACACUCAGAUAACUUAGCUCCACUGUUUAGACUAAAACAUUUUGCUGCUGAUUCCUCAAAAUUAAUACCUCUCUGAAAGUUCUUAAAAUUCUUAGAUGGUUCUGGCUUCCUGUUUGUAAUACAUUCCCAUGUUUCUGUAAAUUCUUUUCUUCCAUACAGUCCUAUAACUGCUGGAGCUUUCGAUGAAGUAACCUUUCCUAUUCUUUCUUGGAACCAGGUUUCAGUUCUCUGCUUUGGAAAGUUAUCAGCUGUACUACAACUAGGUGUGUUUUCUUUGUCUGCUGCUGGUACACAUGUAGGGUUGGGUCGAAGAUGGACAUAGUUGGUGACUAAGUAUGAACUCUUGGAUUUUGACAAAUCUUGUUUGAAUGCAUCAACACAUGCAGCAUCAAUUUUUGGCUCACCUGCAGGCGUUGCGUUGUAAGUACUGCUCACCUCCUGUGGAAGUCUUCUUUUUCUUCCCCCUUUCUGAUCACGGAUGAGAAGAUGUUUUUCAAAUGUUAUGUCUUGCAGAGGUUUCUUCUUCAUUAGCUCCUUUUCAGGGUCUUGCUGUGCUUUUGCUGAUGGUAUUCCCCACUGCUGCUUGAUCUCUGUACAAUUGAGAGCUCGGGGUAGUUCUUUAGCAGACCUCAUUUUGGCCUCCACAAGUUUGUAGCACAGGGCAGCUAUGUGUUUACAAUAGCCGCGUCGUCCUGCUGCACAUGAUCUAUCUCUUGCCGCUAUAAUGUUACCAGUUAUCUUGUCAAACACCACUAAGCAAGAAUAUAUACCGGUACCCGAUGAUAUGCCCUUCGCUUGCUUCAUUGUUGGUCUUGUGUGACCUUCCAACAAGAACAUAUCACAGUUUGGUAAGAGGUUAAUACGUAGAGGUUUUCCGGAUGUUUCAAACUUUUUUGUCUUUGAAAAAGCAUAUCCCUCUGUCAAAUGUCUCUUGUCCUUUGCAUUUUUGAAAAAGUCCUCGACAACUGAAUGUGUUAUAUCGGGAACAUGCUUUAAAUCCGUGGUCCAGCUGUCAGUGGGAAUACUUUCUCCCUCGAGAAAUUUUUCAAUAAGCUGCUGCUCCACGUUUUGAUUCUGUUUUCUCUUUUGCUUUUGGAUUUUCUCCUCUGGAUCCAUUAGUAGCUGUUUGUCCCAUCCAAAUUUGAUGUACGUGUGGAUUCUUUAAGAUAAAAACUAAUUAAAAGAAUAUCAAAAUGCGUUUUACUUUGCGUUGUCUGAGAUAAUGAGAGUCUAUAUCACAACAAUAACAAUCACACAACUCCAAACUCACUUGCAUUUUAACUCCUUCACAGUAAUUCCACUCAGAUUUCUACAGCCACGACACUUCAGCCAUCUCUCAGCCUCAGUUCUACUUAAAUCUUCAACGUUUUUGUUCAGUUUUGCACCAGGAAUUUCAGUUUCUUCGAGAGGAAUAGAAUCAAAUUCUUGGCAACCCGCCAUUGUUUGUUUUGGCGCGAACAUGUCGAUCUACCCAGAAUACAAUGCGUGGCGCCAUCUUUUUUAUUACCGCGAAUUGGAGUAACUAAAGUUUUCGAGCCAAUUCCCCAUUAGAACUAUAUACAACAAGGAAUUAAAUAUGGCAAAUAAUAAUACAAAAGAAAAAUAAAUUUACAAAUAUAUAUAGAAAUAUAAUAAAUACAUAUAUACACACAUACUGUACAUUAACAAUUUGUAUCACACACAAUACAAUGUAUUGAUGGUAUCCUUCGUUUUAGCCUGCUGAUGUAUAUUUGAUUGAUGAACCAUCGGCUUACUUGGAUUCUGAACAACGUCUCGUUGCUGCCAAAGUAAUUAAGAGGUAUUGAGCGAUAUUAUGUUGGGGUGUAUAUAAGUUACAAGAAGGGUUAUUUCCGCCUAUUCAGAUUCACGCCUAGUUCAUCCCUGGCAACUAUAAAGUAUUAUCAAAACCGUGUGAUGCGCGUGUUAGCUCAAAGUAAUAUUAAGUGAGGAAUUUUUUGAAGCUUUGUUGUUUUGGUCCCGCGCAAACGGCGCAUGUGAACAGUGGAACCGGUCUUUUUCAAUACAAUUCAGCACGGUUGAGGAUUGGGGUUGAGAUUGGCUGAGACCAUCUGCGCACGCGUACUUUCACUUUCUUUCGCACGGUCACUUUCUUUCGCAAACCCUUGACCUCCCCCUUGCUGGGAUUGUUAAUUCUUGGUUUCAGCUUUCCUUAUUUUGCUUCAUUAACUACAAUAUUUCAUUGUAUCAUGAUUUGUUUAGGUUUAUUUUACAUGCAAAGAAAACGGGUUUUGUCGUUGAACACGAUUUCAUAAUGGCAACCUACCUCGCUGAUCGUGUUGUUGUGUUUGAUGGAAUACCGUCUAUUUCUACCUGUGCAAGAACGUAAGUUUUGAUUGCUUGCACGUUUAUUUUGGUUGUUAACUAACAUGCAUCAGUAGCUAGUGGAAUAAACCAUUGCACUAGAUUGUACAAUAAAUUAUUUUGUAUUCUAAUACAAUUAUACCGAUAUAAUAUCGGCAACAAAAAUACCGAUACCGAUAUUUUUAAUUUAGGGCCGAUAUACCGAUACGGAUAUCGGUGCAUCACUAUAGAAUGUUGCAUUUACUUUGAUGUCAACUAUUUAUUAAUUUUUUCCUAGUCCUCAAAGUUUGUUAACUGGAAUGAAUAAAUUUUUGCAAUCCUUGAACAUCACAUUCCGAAGAGAUCCGACCAACUUCCGACCAAGAAUAAAUAAACUGAAUUCAGUAAAGGUAUGUAAUGUUCGUAGAAUUUUGAAUUAUUUUUAACAGCACUGGCUUGUAACACUGUAACAAAAGAAUUUCGAGAGGCUGACGUUACAUAUAGUUUCCAUCUUCAUGGUAUUGUGGUUUUAUACUGAUGUAUAUAUUCUUCGGAUACUCCCCGAAGCCUUCGAUUGCAUCAGCUUGAGCUGCGUCCUUCGUAAUUCAGCUUAGCUCUGAGCCGCAAAUAAGGAUAAUUAGCACACCCCACUUGCUUAUUGACUUGUUAUAGAAGUAAAUGUACAAUACUUAAUUUUUGUUUACGUUUUAUAGGACGUCGAACAAAAACAUGCAGGCAAUUUCUUUUUCUUGGAUGAUGAAUAAGACGAAAGACAUCACGGGACUUUUAUCUAAUCCUGAACACAAUAUGUAACAGAAUAAUUUCCCAUGACAGAAGAAAACGACGGCGGCAUGCCGAUUUCAACUCAAGGGGACUCUUGCAGAGAUCUCCAAUAUAUAAAUAAGAUGUCAAAAAUAAGUCGAGUGUCAAAAAUAAGUCGAGUCCUCGCGUGGGAAGCAAUUUAAAGGACACGGUAGAAAUCAUAGGCUCGCAAAGGGGAAAACUCGACACGCCAUUAUCUUAUUUGAAUGGAUUUGUUUGUUCAUUCAAUUUCUUUUGUCCAUUUGGAACAUCUUUCUCAAUGACAAAGAAUGACAACUCUUCUUUGUCAUUAAGCUUUCAAGUGCAUAAAAAUGAUUUGUCUGAUGGGGUUUUCUCUCAUUAAUAUAUGUGAAAAGAAAGAAACGCAUAUACCUAAUCGGGUAACGUAUAUUUAUGCCAGUCGCCACCCAAUUUAAGGGUAUUUAUCCAUACACCGUACAUAGGCAUCACCUUGAUAUUUAUAUAAUGACUUGUGGUUAGAGUUCGACGACAACUGUCUCUCUGUAGCUCAGUUGCCAGUUGGUGAGAGCGCUGUACCGGAAUUCGCAGGACCGAUAGUUUUCGCAACUGCUCCUGGUUAGGUCCAUAGAUAUCUUAUAUACACUAGAUAGUGCAUCUCUUUUAGUAAAAUUGAAGCCAAGAAUAUUCCAGCCGUUACCCCCAUUUGAAUAGAUGGCGGCCAUGUUGAAGUUUCCCACUCGUUAAUAAACGCUUAAGAAACAACAAUAACUUUCAUCAUUUGAAUAGUUUGAAAAUAUAUUUGGAAUAGGUUUAACUUAAUUCAUUUUUAAGUUCCCUGUUUAAGAAAUAGAAAACAUACGAGUCUUCUCAUUUCAUGGGAAUAUCAUGAGUCUGCAAUCACGGCUUCAAUUUUUGAAUUGCAGAAUAAUUAGAUGCACUAUCUAGUGUAUAUAAGAUAUCUAUGGUUAGGUUUAAUAAAUGUAUAAAAAUUCCACUCGAGAUUUCCAUCUACAAAUCCCAUGCACCCAAUUUAAGGCCCUUUCCCAUUACGGCCGCUGCAUGUUUCGUGUGUAAUUGUCGAAUGUGCACGCCAAGAAAGUUGAAUGCUGUUCAACUUUAAUUUCAUGGCGUGUGCACGCAAGGGCUAACGCGAACUGAAAUCUUGCAGCUGCACAGCAUGUUUAAAACUAGGGACUUUAGCUAACAGGACGGGGACGGCUAUUAACACAAUGAAAUUUAUGACAGUGUAGAAAGAAAAUGCAUAAUUAAAGGUCCCUUGGGAGUUUUAGACGUCGUCCUUGAUCUGUUUACAACAGCAAAACAAAGAUUUUCACGUUUUGUAUACAACGUCUGCCUUUCAAGCCGCGAGAAGUCGUCCUCGCCAAAUUGGCUUAGUAGAAGUCUUCUCAACUAUAAACCUCUGUCUUAACCUUCUAAAUUGCAAUAAAUUCAUACGACGGAUAAUACAAGACAUGUUGAUUUUAAAGUUACUUAUUUGAACGAGUUUGUUUUGGCCGGCGUUGCGCCGUUGCCGUCACCUAUUUGCUAAAGGUCCCUAAUGUUCGCUCGUCCCGCGCGGGCAAAACUGUCAUAAUGGAAAAUGGCCUUUACAUGUUCGCAACAACUCACUUGCCGAAUUAUUUUAUGUUAUAAUCGAAUGGAACAGUGGGGCAACGGGCAUGAACAUGCGUUUGCUGAUUUUACAAUGUCAAUGAGUCCUGUUGUACAUAAGGCAACGAUGAUGUCGGAUGUCAGCAAGGAAAUUAUUAUGACUGACGUUUAAUAUAUGGUUUCGCGUAUGUAUGUGGCAGACAGAGGUGGUUUAUAGGAUCUUGUUAUCAUGCAUGCAUUGUAGUAUGGCGCAAGUGUCCGCGGAUAUUCAGUUUCAUCCUCCAAAAUAAUAGAAGUACCGUUUGAGUACGAUGGCUUUUGCCAAUACGAUCCGUUUUUCUCAUUUUUAAAAUACAAGUUUUGUUUUGCUCUAGAAAUUUUCAGAAAUAUCUCAAGAUUUUACAGUAUAUUGUGAACUUCAUCAAAAAAUAUUAUUUAGAGAAGUUCAGAUUUGACUUUCACCACCGCUACCAUUAGGGACGGACCAUUGGAAAAGUGAUGGGGGGGUAAUAUAUUUUUUUCUCACUUGAUGGCUGCAAUUUAUAUUUUUUAAGUGAAAUUUACAGGCCUAUCUUCCAAGCUAGGGAAAUUUUUUUUUGCACUACGCCUGGGAAGAUUUUUAUUCCUAAUUUUUUUCUGAGAAUAAUUUUUUUGUUUGUUUUGCCCCCAUCACUUUUCUAAUGGUCCGUCCCUUAAGGGACCACUAACCAAUCAGAUAUGCGUUUGAUAUAUCCAAUUAACCAAUCAAAUGUGUACUAUGCCGAGUGAGAGGUAGUGGAAGUCAAAUCUGAACCUCUCUUUGUUAAAGUGGUGACUGUAUUUUGCUUCUAAAAUGGUCCAUUAAUUAAUUUAAAUAGCGGUAAAUAAAUGUAUAUAUAUUCAGGAUUGUAUAACACAUUCCAAUUAUUAAGCAAUGUAUUUUACAUGUAUAGUGUCGAUCUUUAUACGCAUGUAAUGUAGUACUGCAUGAGAAUAACAGUGUGGUGAUUCGAAGGAUUACUCUCUCAAGGAUUGUAACUAUACCUGAAAAUAUAAUAAGAAUGACUUCCGGACCAGGAGCCUUCGCUCGAAACGCCGCUUGACUUUCUUAUUUUCAGGUACUUUGAUCCAACAAUCCCUCAAGAUUUAGCCUAUACCAUGGCUUACCAGAUUGAAGAGUUUUAUUUUGGGCAG